UGCCGAGCUAACGAGAGGGUACUUCCUCGAGCAUAACGAGGCCAAGUAUACAGAAAGAAGAGAAAGAGUGUACACUUGUAUGCGAAUACCGAGAGAAUUGGAAAAGAUUACAGCCACCUGCUUCCUGCCACAGCACAGCCUGAGAAGAUUAUUGCCUUUCCCUGAGUUUAUGGGAACAUUUUCACCUCUGAAAAGAAGACCCACCAGGCUUGUGUUACAUUGUUUACCAUAAACACUACUAAUACAAGCGCCUCUGAGCCAAAGAAAAGUGACUCUGCUUUUAAAAAGUUAAGACUGAUGUUUUUUGGAAUCUUCCUGUGCCUGGACGCGUUUCUGUAUGUGUUCACGCUGCUUCCUCUAAGGGUUUUUCUGGCACUGUUCAGGCUCCUCACCCUGCCUUGUUACGGCUUAAGGGAGAGACGUUUGCUUCAGCCCGCCCAGGUGUGUGACAUUUUGAAGGGUGUCAUUUUGGUCAUCUGCUAUUUCAUGAUGCACUACGUUGACUACUCCAUGAUGUACCACCUGAUAAGGGGGCAGUCUGUCAUCAAGCUGUAUAUCAUCUACAACAUGCUCGAGGUAGCUGACCGUCUCUUCUCGUCAUUUGGACAGGAUAUACUGGAUGCUCUGUACUGGACAGCCACAGAGCCCAAGGAAAGGAAGAGAGCCCACAUCGGGGUGAUCCCUCAUUUUUUCAUGGCUGUUCUCUAUGUGUUUUUGCAUGCAAUUCUCAUAAUGGUUCAAGCAACAACUCUCAACGUAGCUUUUAACUCACACAACAAGUCAUUGCUUACUAUCAUGAUGUCUAAUAAUUUUGUUGAAAUUAAAGGAAGUGUUUUCAAGAAGUUUGAAAAGAACAAUCUCUUUCAAAUGUCAAAUAGUGAUAUUAAAGAAAGAUUCACAAAUUAUGUGCUUUUGCUAAUAGUGUGUUUAAGAAAUAUGGAACAAUUUUCUUGGAAUCCAGAUCAUCUCUGGGUGCUGUUUCCAGAUGUGUGUAUGGUGGUUGCAUCAGAAAUAGCUGUGGAUAUUGUAAAGCAUGCAUUUAUCACCAAGUUCAACGACAUUACUGCAGAUGUCUACAGUGAAUAUAGAGCCAGCCUUGCUUUUGAUCUUGUUAGCAGCAGACAAAAAAAUGCAUACACCGACUACAGCGACUCUGUGGCCCGGAGGAUGGGCUUUAUUCCUCUCCCGUUGGCUGUUCUACUCAUCAGAGUUGUAACAAGUUCAAUUAAAGUGCAAGGAAUCCUGUCCUACGCCUGUGUCAUACUCUUCUAUUUUGGGUUGAUAUCCCUUAAAAUACUUAACAGCAUUGUGCUGUUGGGGAAGUCGUGCCAGUAUGUGAAGGAAGCCAAAAUGGAAGAAAAGCUGUGUAACCCUCCCCCGACCAGCACUCCUGGCAAGCCCUCCAGCACAUCCCAGAGCAAAUGUAAAUCCUCACAAGGUCUUUCCACAGAAGAAAACCUGUCCGCUUCAGUCAGCAGCCAGCCUGUUCAUCAAAAGGAGACCGUCCCACCACUGCUGGUGACCAGCAGCUCCGAUCAGUUUCUGACAACCCCAGACGGCGAUGAAAAGGACAUAACGCAGGAGAACUCUGAAUUAAAACACAGAUCCUCAAAGAAAGAUUUGCUAGAAAUAGACAGGUUCACAAUUUGUGGAAACCGAAUUGACUGACACCUGUGGCUGUGUCCCUGGGGCAACCUCUGUGUGCUGCCAGGACAGACAGAAGCUGAAAAUGGCACUUAAAUAUUUAUUUAAAAACUUAAAUUAUUAACAGCAAGCAAAUCUGAGUCUGUCUCUUCCGAUUAUGUGGUCUGGCUGAAGGUCAGAUCACUGAACAGCGGUGACCUCGGCCUUGACUCUGGGCAGAGGGGCAACGUGGUGUGGCCGGGCUGCAGCGGUGACAGCGCUCCCCGCCCGGGCAGAGCGUCGCGAGCCCCUGGCUGGGUCUGGGCUCGUCAGUGUGAGGAUGUACCUGGGAAACUGUGAAGCUUCUGCCAUGAAUUACCUUUCCACUCACGCUGUUUCACAAGCAGUUUUCAAACUUUACUUCAUAAUCUGCCAAAGCAUUAAAAACAAAAUUAAACAUUAAAUGUUCUCCCCACCACAAUCAUCCUUGAAGAUACAUCUGAAUUAAUCAGAAUAAAAGGCUACUUUAAAUGACAUAAUAGUAGCAUUUUAUAGAAAAUUUUUUAAAAAGCCCUAAGCCAGUUAAUUUAUUUAAAAGAAAAAAAAAUUAUUCACCACUGAGAAAAUGUUUCAUUUUUUUCAGUUUACUUUUUAAAGCAAAAUGUGAGCUAUGUGAUAUUUAUUUGCAGCAAAUAAAGUAGGAAUUUCCUUAUAGAAAAGCAUUCUAUAAUUGAAAAAACAGAACAGUGUUAACUUUAAGGUAUAGAUAACUGGAUUUGCUUUAAAAUUAAUUGCUUCAUCAGUUACAGCUAAAGGAUUGGGUUUUGCAUAGGCUGAGAAAUCGUCAGUGUAAAAAAUUCAAAAACUCUUAACUGGAUUUUUAAAGUAAGUUUUAAAUAUUCCAAGUGGAGUGGGCAACAUCAUCUUUCCUGGGCAUAUAAAGUGCAUUCCUCCUCUGGAUGUCAGCUUGGCCCCUGUCCCCCAGGGAGGUCUGUGUCCUGCACAGGGUGGGGACAGCAGGCAGCCUGUGCGGGCAAAGCUCGUGUGGACACACGCACAGCAUUUGGAGCACGCAGACACCCAUGGUCGGAGGCGCUGCGCGUAGGUGUCUUUGGUUUUGCUUGAGAUACAGAUUCCUCGUCUGCCUUGGCACUGCUCAGGGCCUGCCUCGUAGGGCAAGGCAUCUCCACCCCAUGCGAUCCUGAGAAUCCUGCAUUUCUAUAAAAAUGUGCCACUGCUGGCCUCAGAACUGUCCCAAAGGCAGUACUGGUGGAUUUGUUUCUCUUGGUGUUUGGACUAGGCAGUUCAGUCCUCAUAAGAAAGUUACUGGCUUCUCCAUGCAGAAGGCUGGUGGUAAGUGCGGCCUAUCUCCUGGGGAAAUAUAAACCAAGCUUUAAUGCUUUGGCUUGUUCAUUUGAAUACAAAAGUGAAUUUUAACAUUUUGCACUAAAGAAAUUUGAAGAUCAAUGUCGAAGAGAUUGUACAGAAAUGCUUUGUGAAACCAGGAAAUAUUAAGUUAAAAUGUAAUAUUUUAUUUGCUUUAUAUACAGUUCAUCCCCUCCCCCCAUUUAAAAACUACACUUUUUCCAUCUCCUUUUCACCAGCAAAAGGAACAUUGUUUGUGGUGAAUAGGGAUAGUUUGGAGAAUGGGUUGCCAAACACAGCCCUGCUCAGAGCAAGAACAUGGUUGGGUACCUCUUUCAGUUCUGCUUGAAUUAUUAUCCUGUUAUAGUGCUGUCGUUUUCAGAAGAUUUUCAUUUCUUUCGCAGAUGCUGUCGGGAGUAUGGGAUGAUACUCAUUUCUUCUGUCAUAAUGGCAUUCAGUACUAAUUUUAUAAGUGCAUCUUGUGUGAAUUCAAUAAAUUCAAUUUUGUAAUCUUUU